CAAAUCUAGCCGUUGACGAUAAAAUAAAAUCUAGCUGUUGAAACAAAAGCAAAACCAAACGACCCUCCGUAGUUGUUUCGUAGGAGACAGAAAUGGCCAGUACUUCAAUCGCAUUAUCGGCUCCAAACCCUUCUUGGUUCACCCCCAAAAGGUUACUUGGUAUAUUUUGUGUCAUUAACUUGUUAAAUUAUGUGGAUCGAGGAGCAAUAGCAAGCAAUGGUGUAAAUGGGAGUCCCAGAACUUGCACACAAAGCGGUACAUGCUCAUCUGGCAGCGGAAUUCAGGGUGAUUUUAACUUGAGCAAUUUUGAAGAUGGGGUUAUAUCUUCUGCUUUCAUGGUUGGACUUCUUGUGGCAUCUCCAAUAUUUGCAUCUUUGGCAAAGAGCAUCAAUCCAUUUAGGCUUAUUGGAGUUGGAUUGACAGUCUGGACUUUCGCUACAGCUGGUUGUGGUUUUUCACUUGAUUUCUGGUCCAUUACCAUAUGCCGCAUGUUAGUGGGUGUUGGUGAGGCUUCUUUUGUAAGUCUUGCAGCUUCAUUCAUUGAUGAUAAUGCUCCAGUUGCUCAGAAGACAGCAUGGCUGGGAAUAUUUUACAUGUGUAUACCAUCUGGAGUUGCACUUGGCUAUGCUUAUGGUGGAUUGGUUGGAGGUCAUUUGAAUUGGCGUUGGGCAUUCUGGGUGGAGGCAAUUUUGAUGCUUCCAUUUGCUGUUUUAGGUUUUGUUAUGAAACCUUUGCAGUUGAGAGGGUUUCCUCCCGCUGGAUCAAAAAACGAGAAGACAGCUGUGGAGAUAGCCACCUCAGAAGAUCAAGAUAUUUCCUAUGGUAAAGGUUGUGCAUUGUCCAUAAAGGAAGAGUCCUCAGAUCAAAGCUCAAUUAAACCUUCCAGGUCCAAUGGUUCACGCAAUAACUUGAAUCAGUUCUCAAGAAUCUGGAAAGAUAUGAAAGUGCUUUUGGUUGACAAGGUUUAUGUUGUAAAUGUCCUAGGUUACAUAGCAUAUAAUUUUGUCAUAGGUGCAUAUUCAUACUGGGGGCCAAAGGCUGGUUAUAACAUAUAUGAUAUGAGCAAUGCAGAUCUAGUGUUUGGAGGAGUUACAGUUGUGUGUGGUAUAUUUGGGACACUAGGUGGAGGUUAUGCUUUGGAUCUUAUGACUUCCACAAUAUCUAAUGCAUUUAAGCUUAUUUGUGCAGCUGCAUUUAUGGGAGCAAUAUUUUGCUUUAGUGCCUUUUGUUUUAAGAGCCUGUAUGUUUUCAUAGUUCUUCUCGCAAUUGGAGAACUGCUAGUAUUUGCAACCCAGGGUCCUGUAAAUUUCAUAUGUCUUCAUUGUGUUAAACCAGGUCUUAGACCACUAUCAAUUGCUGUGUCAACUGUCUCAAUUCACGUCUUUGGUGACGUGAUUUCCUCCCCACUUGUUGGGGUUCUCCAGGAUAAUGUUAACAACUGGAGGGUGACUGCUCUGAUUUUAACGUCUGUUAUGUUUCUGGCAGCUGCAAUGUGGUUUAUCGGGAUCUUUCUUCAGAGUGUGGACAGAUCUGAUGAAGAUAUUGAGCAUCCGGGCUCCAUGUACGACGAGUCAAAUACAACACCUUUGCUUGAAGAAUGCCACAAAGACCACUGUGUCUCUCUGCCUGAACCCUAA